AUGCCAACAGAGGGCUUCAUUGAGCCCCUGGAUUACCUUCUCCAGGAUUGGCACUUGGAGUUACCGCCUGACGCAAACCCACGAAAUUCCCCUGGUCUUGCCCAAGUCGAGCAUGCCAUUACCCCGUUAAAUGACCACAGCCGCGGCAUGAAUCGUGAUGAAUCCACAUCUACUGACCAACUUGGCCAGCUAAAGUAUACUGGACCGCACCAACCCCGAAUAGUGGACAUACCCUUCGAUAUCAUAAUGGUCAUGUCUCGGUUCAUGUCAGCGACCGAGGUCAUGAACUUGCUCAGCUCAUGUCGCAAGCUCCAUUCCUUCAUCGAUGAAGAGAGCAUCUGGCUGCACUUCUGCAGUCGCUAUGGGGUUCGCGACCGACAGCCUUUUGUGGGACGAUCUUUCAAAGAAAUUUACACGUGCUUACUACACACCUAUGGCCCUUUGCUUGGUACUUGGGCUGGAAAUCACCCACCCAUUGGGAACAUACUCGAAUUUCGGCUCCAGCUUGGCCCUGGGAUGCCCGCCGCAGGAAUCGUCGGGGAAAUCUGGCAUUUCGACCGUGGACUACCCAACAAAUCCCGUCUUUUCGACGAUUUAACGCGCACUGCGGUAGUUCUCAUCACAUUCCCUGACCCAUCUUUGGGAAUCACCGUCGUACACCCUUCGCGAUAUGCACAAGUAUAUUGCUGCGGAGAUAUGUCACGUCGCAUCGUGCGCCCUCCUACCGAGUGGCACGAAGCGAGCUUACACACACUAUCCCGUCUAGCGACACUGACCAAUACUGAUAUCGUUUCUGGUCGCUACAAAUAUCCCGAUUUCCCCGGAGCCUCAUCCUGGUAUGAUGUACUCCGCCCCUUCCCUCGACUGCAUCCGCUUGUCCAAGUUACGCCCAAUGAGUCCACCUCGACAUACGUACGUGACCGGGACGUGACCGCAAAACCGUGCGCAAUCACCCUUGGAUGCCCCAGCGGGGACAGCUACAUCAGCUCGUAUUCUCACCGAGCGAUGAGCGACCUGGGAGAUCUCCCUGCUACCUAUUAUUUUCCCUUAUGCACAGAAGUCGUGCGAGGUAUACCGCCCGAGUCCGUGGAAUGGACUCCUGCUUCUUUGAGGGGAUUGUGGCUGGGUGAUUAUGCCGAAGUGGGCACGGAAUGUAUCCAUGUAGAAGUGGAUGAGGGGAGCAGCACGCUACGCGGGUGGAAAGUCACUGGAGAUGUCUUCGUUCCUCGGGGGACAACGACCUGGGACAUCCAUAUAGGCGUCCCUCUGGACAUUAAUGAGGACGGUUGGCGGAUACCUGCGCUGUUAGAACACAGCGAAGUCCAUCAAGUAUACUGUGGCGCGAUGAGAUUCGGCAAUGGGUAUACUGACACGUAUGUGAAUACCCUGGCUUUUCUUGCAGUCACGGGACCAGACGAUAUGACAGUCCUUAGCUCCGACGGGCGGAAAUUCACUUAUACGCGCUACAGGGAGAAACACAGCAGUCGUAAAUCUUAG